UCCGCCUACCCCGCGGGGUCCGGUGCGCAGGCGCAGAGGCGAGGCCGCGUUGGGGGGAAGGCAGCUCUGGGCCGGCGGGUCCCGCGGCGGGAUAUUUCAGGGAGGCGAGAGCGGAUUUGCCAUGGCUUUCUUUCCUUGGCUCUGGGGCCCCCUCACCCAUGUAAGCAGAGCACUCGGCUGGCGCUGUUUCAGAGGCCUCUGCACCCAGACCAGGAGAGAUUCAGAGCUCAGGCUUCUUUUCUCUCCCACCAGCACCACGGGGAGCCUCAGUGCAAUUCAGAAGAUGACGCGUGUACGUGUGGUGGACAACAGUGCCCUGGGAAACACCCCAUAUCAUCGCCCUCCUCGUUGCAUCCACGUCUAUAACAAGAAUGGGGUGGGCAAAGUGGGUGACCGGAUACUGUUGGCCAUCAAAGGACAGAAGAAAAAAGCGCUUAUUGUGGGGCACCGCAUGCCUGGUCCCCGGAUGUCCCCCAGAUUUGACUCUAAUAAUGUGGUCCUCAUUGAGGACAAUGGGAACCCUGUGGGGACACGGAUUAAGACACCCAUCCCCAGCAGCCUACGGCAGAGGGAAGGUGAGUUUUCCAAGGUGCUGGCCAUUGCUCAGAACUUUGUGUGAGCACAGCCCAGGCUGCCGGCUGCAGAGGGGCUCAUGAGGCAGCAGUUCCGAGAACUGCACCUUUGUGGAGAGGGAACGUGGGGCCCCGUGGUUGGGGAACAGUGUCCUGUGAGAAAAUAAACAUUUUCAUGUGUGUUUCUUCCCAA